GCCUCCUCAGCAACAAGUAGCUGCAGGCUGCACUGGGACAGGAGUUGGUGGAGCCCUACCUGCAACACUCACUCAUUCCCUCUCUCUUGUCUUUCACUCACUGCAGACAUUAAGAGUGUGUGUUUAAACAGGACAGAAACCUGACAGAAAGUGUCUGAGCGCAUUGGAGGCUCUCUGGAGUGUUGGCUCAACUCCUACCUUAUUUUACACACUUAAAAAAAGUUUCAUCACUUUGGUUUUUUGGGGGGUCAGAAAAAAGAGAGAUGGAGCUGUCGGAUAUCCCGUUCCCCAUCCCGUCCGCGGACGACUUCUACGACGACCCGUGCUUCAACACCAACGACAUGCAUUUCUUCGAGGACCUUGACCCACGGCUCGUGCACGUGAGUCUGCUCAAACCGGACGAGCACGGCCACGCGGAGGACGAGCACGUGCGCGCGCCCAGUGGCCACCACCAGGCGGGCAGGUGUCUCCUGUGGGCGUGCAAGGCUUGCAAGAGGAAGACGACGAACGCGGACCGGCGGAAGGCCGCCACCAUGCGGGAGAGGAGGCGCCUGAGCAAAGUGAACGACGCCUUCGAGACGCUGAAGCGAUGCACGUCGGCCAACCCCAACCAGAGGCUGCCAAAGGUGGAGAUCCUGAGAAACGCCAUCAGCUACAUCGAGUCCCUGCAAGCUCUGCUGCGCAGCCAGGAGGACUCCUACUACCCGGUCCUGGAUCAGUACAGCGGGGACUCGGACGCGUCCAGCCCCAGGUCCAACUGCUCCGACGGCAUGAUGGAUUUCAACGGCCUAUCAUGUCCAUCUAGAAGAAGAAACAGCUAUGACAGUUCCUACUUCAACGAGAGUCAAAACGUAGAUGUGCGGAGCAGUAAAUCCACAGUAGUGUCCAGUCUGGACUGUCUCUCCAGCAUCGUGGAGCGAAUUUCCACGGAAGCGCCCGCAUGUCAGCCGCUCGCGACGCACGAGCCGUCGGACUGCAGCAGCACCAGCAGCCCGCGUUCUCCGCACGAUGCGCCCGCGCUCAGCGAGACGGUACCGAGCACUCCCUCCCCCGGGAACGCCGUGUACCAAGUCCUGUAGAACACACACACAGACAUGCACACACUCAUACAUACAUACACACACGCGCGCGCGGUGUACAGGAGCCUUCAGGACUGUGCUGUUCCUGUGCGGGAGAACAGAAGUGGGAGAACAUAAAUUUUUACCUUUAUCCUUUCUUUCGUUCUCUUUUCUCACACUAUCUUCAUUUUAAUUCAUUUAGUCUUUCCUGGAUCUUUAUUUUUAUUUUAUUUUUUCUUUCCUUUAUUUUCCUGGUUUCUUUUUCCUUUAUUUCUUCCUUCCAAACUUUUCUUUCUUCGUUCUUUCCUGUAUUUCCACACUUUUCUUUUUAUUUAUUGUCCUUCUGUUUUUAGUCCGAUCUUUUUUCAGAUGAUAUUCAUUUAGGUUUUUCUUUCAUUCUCUUCACUCUUUCUUUGUACUUUUAUACAUUCUUUCUUCAUUAUUGUAUUUGUAUUUAUUUCUUGUUGUUCGGACUUUUUCUUUCUUUCUUUCUUUCUUUCUUUCUUUUUCUUGUCCUUUACUAUUUUGUAUCUUUUUAUUCUAUCUUUUUUCUGUAGAAAAUAUAAAAUUCCAUGGUAUCGAUGGCUCUGCCGAAGUCAGUUUCUUAAAACCUUUUAUUUAUAUGAUUGUCAGCUGCAAUAUUGUGACCAUAUCUUCCCUUGUUGAACCUCUUCUUUCUGUCUCCUUCAUCUUUUACGAUUUCCUGAUUGUUCAUGUGAGAAAACACUUCAUCUAUGAGAAGUAGAGGACCAGUUUUGUAUAUGUGUAUAUAAGAGCUGUUUUGUUAAAAGGAGAAGUGAUCAAACUUUGUAUUUAAUGCUGCCUGUGUGAGGAGUUUGUUGUGUCCGACGUUUAUAUUUAUACUUCUUCAGUGAGUGAAUGUGGAUUAAUAAAGAAAUACUUAUUUAUACACACA